AUGCGGUGACCCAUGAAACAAGAGGUAAAGCUGCAUAUGUCUCAUGUCCAUUCCCAGAGAGACUCUCCCACUGCUGCUAGGAUGAGUGUCUCUCAGGAGAGAGAGGAGGCUGCAGGUCACAGUAAAACACCCAGACCAGAGUCUGCAGCACACAGCUGUGUGCAACAAAGCAGCAAAGCAACACACUCUGAUGGAGGUCCACAGACACACAGACCUCCAUCUCCAGUGCCCAGCUGUGUGUCCAUGAAGAGUGAUCGGUCCAUGGAUGCUAUGCCCUUCUUCAGCAGAGAACCAGUUCCAUCAGUUGUAGACCCACAGACACACAGAGCUCCAUCUCCAGUGCCCAGCUGUGUGUCCAUGAAGAGUGAUGUGUCUAUGGGUGAGCCUCCCCUCUUCAGCAGUGAACCAGUUCCAUCAGGUGUAGAGUUAAGGGCUGAUCUGACCCAGGCUCUAGGACCCAGCAGACACCUGCACACUGGACAUACAGCAGGCAGAGAGAGGGAACUAGAUGAGAACCUGAAGAGAAUUAUAAAGAAUCACAAAGCCAGUCUGAAGAGGAGGUUUGAGAACAUCUCUGAAGGCAUCAUCAAACCAGGAGCUGAGAUACUCCUCAAUAAGAUCUACACAGAGCUCUACAUAACAGGAGGAGAGAGUGAAGGGGUGAAUAAGGAACAUGAGGUUUGGCAGGUAGAGUCAGCGUCCAGAUCUCAAUCCACAGAAGACACACCAAUCAACUGCAAUGACAUCUUCAAGCCCUUACCUGGACAGAAGAAGCACAUCAGAACUGUCAUGACCAAAGGUGUUGCUGGAAUUGGAAAAACUGUCUCAGUUCAGAAGUUCAUUCUUGAUUGGACAGAUGGGGUAGCCAAUCAUGAUGUAGAUUUUAUGUUUCCCCUUUCUUUCCGUGAGCUUAAUUUAGUCAGAGGUGCUCAGUAUAGUCUUCACAGGCUCCUGCUUGACUUCCACCCUGAGCUGAAGGAGCUGAAUGAUGGUGAAGGAUACAAAGACUGUCAGGUUGUGUUCAUCUUUGAUGGUUUGGAUGAGAGUCGGUUGACUCUGGACCUGGAGCAGAACAGUGAGUUGUCUGAUUUGAAAGAAACAUCAUCAGUGGAUGUUCUGAUGACGAGCCUCAUUCAGGGAACUCUACUUCCCUCUGCACUCAUCUGGAUAACCUCAAGACCAGCUGCAGCCAGUCAGAUUUCUGAGCAGUUCAUUGACCAGGUAACAGAAGUACGAGGAUUCAAUGACCCUCAGAAGGAAGAAUACUUCAGGAAGAGAAUCAGAGAUGAGAGUCAGGCCAACAGAAUCAUCUCACACAUUCAGACAUCCAGGAGUCUCCAUAUUAUGUGCCACAUUCCAGUCUUUUGUUGGAUUGCAGCUACUGUACUCCAGCAGACGCUGGAAAAGAAAAACAUCAAAGACAUUCCCAAAACGCUGACUGAGAUGUUCAUACACUUCUUGCUCAUCCAAACCACAAGAAAGGAUCAGAAGUAUCAGAGUGGAUCUGAAAAAGAUACAAAGAAACUUCUGGAAUCUCAGAGGAUCAUUUUACUGAAGCUGGCAGAACUGGCUUUCAAGAAUCUAGAGAAUGGCAACCUCAUGUUUUAUGAGGAAGACCUGAGAGAGUGUGGCAUUGAUGUCAGUGAAGCCUCAGUGUACUGUGGCAUGUGCACUGAGAUCUUCAAGACAGAAACUGUGGAAUCUCAGAAGAAGAAGGUCUACUGCUUUGUGCAUCUGAGUGUCCAGGAGUUUCUGGCAGCUGUGUUUGUGUUUCACUCGUAUUUGGAGGGGAACCACACGGCAUUGGAAUCCCUCUUCAGUGAUGAGCAUAGAAAUGAACUCAAUCCAUCAAUGUUAUAUUCUUUUCAGUCAGUACUAAGAUUAAAACCUCAAGAUAACUUACAUGUUUUACUGAAGAGUGCGGUUGAUAAGGCUUUGGAGAGCCAGAAUGGACACCUGGAUCUGUUCCUUCGCUUCCUUAUGGGCAUUUCUCUGGAGAGAAAUCACAGACUUCUGCAGGGUCUACUGUGCAACACACACAAUAGUUCUCAUAGUAUUAAGGAAACAUGUCAGUAUAUGAAGAAGCUCAACAGAGAAGGUCUCUCUCCUGAACGAUGCAUCAAUCUUUUCCACUGCUUAUUUGAAAUGAAUGAUGAUUCCAUGCACAAAGAAAUUCAGACAUUCUUGUCAUCACCAAAGAACAUCAAACAGAAGUUAUCUCCUGCCCACUGUUCAGCACUGGCCCACAUGCUUCUGAUGUCUGAGGAUGUGCUGGAUGAGAUUGAGCUGAAGAAAUACAACACAUUAGAUGAGGGACGCAGGAGACUGCUCCCAGCUGUGAGGUGCUGCAGAAAGGCACGACUUGCUGAAUGCAAACUCUCAGGGAAGUCCUGUGGAAUUGUGGCUGCUGUUCUACAGUCACCAAACUCCCUGAUAGAGCUGGACCUGAGUCACAAUGACCUGGGAGAUUCUGGAGUUCAGCGUCUCUCUAAGGGACUGUCUAGUCCCCACUGCAAACUGCAGACCUUAAGGCUCAGUAAAUGUGGUAUCUCAGAUGAAGGUUAUGUUUGUCUGGCUCUGGCUCUGAUGUUAAACCCCACCUGUGUAAAAGUACUGGAUGUGAACAACAAUCAUCCUGGAGAAUCAGCACAGAAUCAGUUAUCUGCUACACUGGAGGAUCCUCACCGCAAAGUUGAAGCACUUCAACUUGCUGACUGUAAACUCACUGAUAAGUCCUGUGAGAUUGUUACUUCAGUUCUACAAUCACCAAACUCACUGCUACAGCUGGACCUGAAUUACAAUGAUCUGGGGGAUUCUGGAGUUCAGAUUCUCUCUAAAGGACUGUCCAGUUUGAACUGCAAGAUACACACAUUAAGGCUCUCUGAUUGUCUCAUCACAGAGAAGGGUUGUGGUUUUCUGGCCUCAGCUCUGACUUCAAACCCCUCCCAUCUAAAAGAGCUGGAUCUGAGCUACAAUCAUCAUGGAGAAUCAGGACUGAAGCUGUUAUCUGCUAGACUGGAGGAUCCUGCCUGUAAACUGGAGAUACUUAAAUUCCAGACUGUGGCACAACCAGAAAGAAAAACAGCAGUCUUGACAUCUGUGAAAUGGUACAUGUGUGUGACAUUUGGUUUUUCUUACAGAACUGACCAUGCUUUAGACCAUGCUUUAGACAGAGCACGACCACGUUUGCUGAGAUUUUCCUGUGAGUUCACACUGGACCAAAACACGGCACACAGAGAACUCCUUCUGUCUGAGGGGAACAGGAAGGUGACCUCUGUGAGUGAGAAGCAGCCGUAUCCUGACCACCCAGACAGAUUUAAUGACAAUGGCCAGGUGCUGAGCAGAGAGCCUCUGACUGGACGCUGCUACUGGGAGUGGGAGUGGAGUGAGACCAGUGUUGCUGUGGGAGUGGCCUAUAAAAGCAUCAGCAGGAGUGGAUGGAUCGGACGCUCUGCCAAGGCCUGGUGUCUGUUCUGUUCCAGUGAAGAAUACACAGCCUGGCACAAUGGAAGUUAUACUGCCCUACCCGUCCCUCGCGCAGGCUGCAGGAGAGUAGGAGUGUAUGUGGAGCGUGAGGUCGGCACUCUGUCCUUCUACAGGGUCUCCUCUGAUACUCUCACACACCUGCACACCUUCACCACCACAUUCACUAGUGAGCCCCUACAUGCAGCGCUUUGGGUUCAGAACUCCUCAGUGUCUCUGAUCUAGAUCACAUGACCUGCUGUGUCCUGCAGUGAACACACACACACACACACACACACACACACACACACACACACACAUAUCCACUUUGUCCAUUGUCCACUCCAACGUGCCAACCUGUGAGGCAGUCCUUAGAAAUUUAAUGUACAAAUUCAUGUGCCGCCUGGAUCUCUCACACAAUGGCAUUAUUGAAGCUCUAGUGAACCCAGCUAAGAGCUCCUUGAGGUACUCCUCUAAGCUUAGGAGGCAUUGGAGAGAAAGCCUAUAUGUUUGAUGGGUGGUUUUGUCUUGUUGUCCUGAUGGCUUGUUGUAUUGUUGUCUUGAUGGUUUUGUUUGUCUUGUUUUAUUGUUGUUGGUUUUUUUUUGUUUUUGUUUUUUGUCUCUUUGUCUUCUUGUUUUUAUUAUUUAUUCUGUCUGUUUUUUAUACUCUGCUAUGGACAUUGUACUAGUGUCUGUGAUAAAUAAAGAAUUGAAUAUCCA